AAGAGUCUAUACAAUGGUCAUACAAGACCUAAAACAGUAUAUAUACAUAAAAAUGCUGAAGAAAGUGAAUAUCCCUCCAUCUAUGCACUACCUCCCUCCUCAGCACACAGGGUUAACCUCUCACAACGUGACUUAUAAAGACAGACAGUCCAUCCAAUGGCAUGCAAAGGCUUGUAGAUGGGAUUUUAGGCAAAGGAGUGUGCUAGGCUCCUAUUGCUCUGCAUUGGAUCUUCAUCGGUGGAGAUUUAACAUUGCACAUAGGACUUGAUCAGUGGUGUCACUUUCUGCCUGUUUGGUGGCUUCAUCUACAAGGAGUGGGAGCUCAGACUUGCUUAUACAGUAUUAGCAGCAGAUGUGGAUUGCUUUUCUGCCAGGAUAAUUCUAGACAUAUUGCUGCACGUCUAGAAUACACCAUGUCUAAUUCGGACUCUGAAGACGCCGACUCUCCUAGGCGUAGGUUCUCCUUAGAGGCUCAUGACAAGGACUCACUUGCUGCCUUUGAGAAAGGAGAAAAAGAUGGAAAGAGAGAAGCAAAACCUCCAAUGGAUUCAGCACUGCAGAAAGAAAAUGACAAUAUUCCUCCAAAUAUUGGCUUUAAUCUUGAUUUUUUGGGGACAUUACAAGGAAAUGGUAGCAAAGCCCCCGACAUUGAUCCUAAAGAUGUCUACACAAGAGACAGGAUCUUUGCUGCGGUGACAAAUGAAGAUACUGAAGACCUAGCUGGACUAAAAAGCUAUCUGCAGAAAACCAUGAAGAAACUAACGAAUGCUGAAUUUACAGAUCCCGACACUGGAAAGACAUGUUUAUUAAAGGCUAUGUGGAAUUUAAGAAAUGGAAGAAAUGACACCAUCCCAAUUUUGCUGGAUGCUGCAAAGAACACGGGUCAUUUGGAAGAACUGGUUAAUGCACCAUAUACUAAUGACUAUUAUCAUGGACAGACAGCACUUCACAUUGCAAUAGAAAGAAGAAAUUUCCAUUUAGUGAAGCUUUUAAUGGAAAACAAGGCUGAUGUGCACGCAACGGCAGAUGGGCUGUUUUUCCAGCAGAAAAAGAAAGGCGUCAGUUUCUACUUUGGAGAACUCCCUCUCUCACUUGCUGCCUGCACUAAUCAGCUCAAUAUUGUGAACUAUCUCCUAAAUAAUCCACAUCGGAGAGCUGACUUGGCCGCCAAGGAUAGUCAUGGAAAUACAGUCCUGCAUGCUCUGGUCUUAGUGGCUGAUGACUCUGAAGAGAAUACUGAGAUUAUUACCAAUAUGUAUGAUGACAUUCUGAAGAAGUCAGUCCAGAUUGAUCCACAGAAGAAACUUGAAGAACAGUAUAACAUAGAAGGACUUACUCCUAUGAAGCUGGCAGCAAAAUUGGGUAAAAUUGAGUUGUUAAAGCACAUAAUGCGGAGGGAGAUUGAAGAGCCAGAGUAUAGACAUUUGUCUCGGAAGUUUACAGAAUGGACAUAUGGCCCUGUUCACACUUCUCUGUAUGACAUCUCAUCUGUAGAUACACACGAGCAAGACUCUGUUCUGGAAACCAUUGUAUUUAAGAGUAAUGCCUAUAACCGACAUAAAAUGAUAGUACUGGAACCCCUGAACCAUUUGCUGCAGGAGAAGUGGGACUGCUUUGCUGGAAAGAUAUUUUAUCUGAAGUUCUUGUUGUACAUUGUAUAUAUGAUUAUAUUCACAGCCACAGCUUACCACAGGCCUCUGGAAGGGCAGCCCCCCUUUCCACUACAAGGAACUGCCAAAGAUAAUGCACGUAGAGCUGGAGAAGUCUUCAUCAUGCUUGGCGGAGUUUACAUCUUCAUUUGCCAGAUCAUAUAUUUUUGGAAGAGACGACCGUCACUACAAAUAUUAAUGAUGGAUGGCUACUUUGAAAUCCUUUUUUUUCUUCAAGCAACCCUUCUUCUAUGCAGCGGCAUAAUCUACCUUGCAGGAAGCGAACUCUAUGUGCCUCUAAUGGUGUUUUCAUUGGUGAUUGGCUGGGUGGAUAUUUUAUUUUACACCCGUGGCUUCCAGCAGACUGGAAUAUACAGUGUGAUGAUUCAAAAGACGAUUCUGCGUGACAUGCUUCGCUUCCUGCUUGUCUACAUAGUUUUCCUCUUUGGUUUUGCAGCAGCGCUGGUAACACUUAUCAAUGAAGCACCACAAGAGGUAGCAAACAGCACCGAAGCUGGUGAAAAAGAAGCAGCGAGCUCAUAUUCUGGUCUUUACAUCACUUCCUUGGAGUUAUUCAAAUUUACCAUUGGCAUGGGAGAUCUGGAGUUUAACGAGAAUCUGAAGUUCAAGCACUUCUUCAUGUUCCUGCUCAUCCUGUAUGUGGUCCUCACAUACGUUCUCCUCCUUAACAUGCUCAUCGCCUUAAUGAGUGAAACUGUCAACAAAAUCUCUAGUGAGAGUAAGAACAUUUGGAAACUCCAGAGAGCUGCUACAAUAUUGGAUAUUGAAAGGUUCCUGCCAAGGUUCGUUAGGAGAAAACUGAGGUGCGGUCGCCGACUCACAGUGGGGAAAACACCUGAUGGAAAAAGAGAUGAAAGAUGGUGUUUUAGGGUGGAGGAAAUGCAAUGGGGAUCAUUUGGGAAGAAUCCAUUCAAUCUUAAUGAGGAACCCGGUGACACAGAGGAAGCAAAACUGAAAUCAAUGUACAAACAACCCAAAGGGUGGAGCCACUGGGUUUCCAGAGUUCAAGAAAAAGCGCGUGAGGAGGAGCAAGUGCCAUUACAUUCUGUGUCCACAAGUCCAUCAGACGGGGAAAAAGUUUAAGAUCAAUGUCAUCCUAUAUUCAGUUUAUGUUUACCAAUGAUACAUCUCAUUCAUAUUGACAAUGCACCACGAUUGAAGAGAUAUUAAUGUACUUCAAAUGUUGGUUUCAUAGAAGCAAUAUUGCAAAGAACUUUUCUAGGCCAUCUUCACUACAUCUAUACUUCUAGUAGAGAAUUCUAAAACAAAUGUCUUCUCCUCUUAGAUUUCUUCCCCUCUUCCCCCUUCAUCACUGACCAUAACCAUUGCUAUAGGCAAAGAAGCAGAGUAGGUUGUUAGAAGCAUAACUUCCUCCAUCUGCUUCAUCAAGAGUUCCCUGCAGUCCUUGCAAUAUACGUAUCAGAUACUACAGCAGCUGGUGUAUGCACUUAACUUUCUCUCUCUGUUUUUAUGCUAGGUGACUAAGUCCAUGUAUCACAUACAAUACAGAUACAGCAAGCUUACAAAAAUGUCCCAUCUACCAAGUGUACCUCUUUUAGAGGGACAGUCCCUCUUUUUGACCCAAGUCCCUCCGUCCCUCUUUGAUCCUUAAAUGUCCCUCUUUCUGACCUGACACUAAAGUGCCUGUAUGGUUUCUACCUGUAUAUUAAACCAUAACCUUCCCUAUUUGGUGCAAUUUGGACCUUAAAAUAUCUAUAAUCCGAUGAUUUAUGUGCUAAUAUUUAAAUGGAUAUUGAAGUGAAAAUUGUCCCAGGGGCUCCACAUGCUGUAAAAGAAUAAAGGAGCUUACACUUACCUAACCGAUCCCCAGCUGCUGCAGUUCUGAUGGAAUCAGUAAUUAUGCUUUGGGCGGAGUUUGAGGCAUGGCAUAGUAUGAAAAAAAAUGGCUGCAUUGUGUUCCGGCAUAUAUUGUAACUCUUCGCGAUUUUCAAAAGUUGGGCGGUAUGAAAUGUGAUGGUUCACAGAAGUUAAAAAAGGGAUUAAACUUGGCAAAAAAAGUGCUAGGAGAGUCAUUUUAGGUAUUUUGGUCCAUGUAGAGGUUCAAUACCUGCCUAUAAUUAUUGCUACUGUCUAACGUCCCUCUAAUUUCCAAAGAGCUACUGUAAUUGCUGAGAUUACAAAAACAGAAUAGAUUGAGACAUAACUGAUCAAUUUAUCUGAUCGGCAUGCACCUGUGGCAGAAAUGCACUUUAAAGCUAAUGUUCCAUGUUGACAUCGAGUUUCUCCCUGGGCGACCUGAGUGCUUCCCUGUGAAGGAAAGUGGAGGACAACUUCCAAUAAACACAACAAUGAUGAGUAUUCUACAAAUUAUUGCAAAUAUUGCAAGAUUUCUCUAUCCAUAAGAGAACAUUGAGGUUGUGUAGAAAUCAUGGUAACACUGCAAUCUUCUCAUGACUAGCAGCAACACAAUGUCGCCUUGAAGGCCUAUUAUAACACUUAAAGACUUUUUUUAAUAACAAUAUUUUCAAAACCUAACAGUUUUACUGAAUGUUCUUGAUUACCAGUGGUUUGGUGGUGGGACUCAUGGAAUGGUUCUUGGUAAUGGCCGUCUCACAGUGAUGUGAAGGAUAUAGCUCAUAUAAUGACUUUAUUGGGAAAUAAGGUGCAUGCUACACUGUAAUUACAUACUGGCCUAUGUCUACUGUGCUGCGCUACCACCAAUCCCCCUUGUCCUUACAGUCUACUUCCCAGAUUAUGAUGGCCAUAGUGGCCAACCUCAGACCACUGCGUAGAUGUUGUUAUUAUUAAAGGCUGAUGUUAUCAGAAAGGUUCCUCAGUAGAUCUUUGAGGUCCCCUGGCCAGAAGAAGUUUUGGGGAUCCCUGUUGUAUUCUAAACCAAAUGAUUUGGUUGUUUGUCUAAAAUAAUUUAGUUAACUGACUGUACACUUCAGCUGAAAGGAGGGAUGUAGACAGCGAGCUGCCAAAAUAAAUGACUUAACAGUAACUUUCAUUUGCAUUAGUAUCAAUGUGUGCUCAACAUGGUGCAAUGGAAACCAUUAGUCAAUGUGCUGGAUCAUAAUUAUUGUCGGCUGCUGGUGUGUGAACAACACUCUGCUUUAUUCUACUUGUUUCCUAGAUCAGCCAAAUAUAACCUUGCACGUUUCAGUAGUUAAAAGCUGCUGCUAGUUUAUCCAUUUAUUUUAUUAGCUGCACUGGAGCAAAAAUCUUGUUGGCUUUUAUUAUACUUGUACUGUAUUUUUUUUUAUGAAAUCAUGCAUUUAUAUCAGUUUUACAUGUAUUCAUAAUAAAUAUUCUUUACAUAUGA